AACCUGCACAUCGUCCAGCCCAUUCCCCUCUCAUCUGCUGGAAAAUGUACUAGAAAAUAAAUUAGGGCACGGAAGGAGAGAUGGAAGCAGCGGAGAGUCGGAUACAUCUGUAAAACUGCGGAAAGAUGGAGGACGACCUGGUGUCGGAGGAUGAUAUCUUGUUGUGGUCAGAGAAGGAGUUUCACGAUGCUGCAAAGAGGAAUGACAUUGGGAAAAUGCAGGAGCUCAUCAAGAGGGGUGUGGACGUUAAGGCAAAGAAUAAAAUCGACCGUAAAGCGCUGCACUGGGCUGCAGGAGCUGGGAAUGAACAGGCUCUGCGUCUCCUGCUGGAACAUGACACCAACGUUGAUGAGAGGGAUCUUUACGGCAUGAAUGCCCUGCUCCUUGCCUCCUGGUUUGGACACUUAAAGAUCCUGCAGAUCCUGGUCUCAUGUGGAGCUAAACUGAACUGUGAAAACAAAGACGGUCUGACUAUGCUGCACUGCGCUGCCCACCGAGGACAUAUCAGAGUCCUGGAGUUCAUCAUGGAGGACUUGGAGGACAUCUGUCUCGACAAAGCUGACAAGUCAGGGAAGACUGCGUUCCACCUCUCUGCUGAACAUGGACAGCUGGAGGUGGUGGAGUUUCUGAUUGGAAUGGGCUGCAGGCAUGGUUUAAAAGACAAGGAGGAGAACACGGCCCUCCAUGCAGCAGCGAAGCACGGUCACUCAGAAGUCCUGCAGAAGAUUGUGGAGACCGGAGUAAAUGUAGACGAGAAGAAUAUAGAUGGUCUUACAGCAUUGCACAUGGCAGCUGAUGGACGCCACUACCCAUGUGUCAAAAUGUUACUGGAAUCCGGCUGCAAUGUCAACGCACAAACUAAUAAGAACAUGAACGCCCUCCACUAUGUGGCUCAGCACGGCUGCGACAGAGAGGCCACGUUACUGCUGGAGGCGGGAGUCAAUGUCAAUGCUGUGGACCAUCAACACAACACACCUCUUCACCUCGCUGUGUUCAACAAUCACACUGAGGUUGUGCGGCUGCUCAUAGACGCUGAGUGUAAUCUGGAUAUCACUGACAAUAGACAACAGACUGCUUUGCACAUCGCAGCAGAGCAUGGCCUACAGGAUAUGGCAGAGAUGAUGCUCAUUUCUGGUGUUAACCUCAAUCUCACUGACAAGCAGGGGAAAACCUGUGUGGAAGUGGCAGCGAGAGGAAACCAUGUCAUCCUGGUUGACAUGAUCAUCAAAGCCGACCGCUUUUACAAAUGGGAGAAGGACCACAUGGGCAAUGAGCAGGACUCCUGGGUGGGGAGGCCUCUGAGCUUUAAACAGGAUCACCAACCAGAGACGCAGCACCUGCGCUCCGUCCUGUGGAAUCUGGCCACCAAACACCUCUGCCGUGGGGAGUGGAAGAUUCUGGCACAACACUGGGACUUCACUGAUGCACAUAUACGAGCGAUAGAACACCAGUGGACAGGUAUGAAAAGCUUCAAAGAGCAUGGCCACAGAAUGCUGUUAAUCUGGCUCCAUGGAGUUGUGAUGGCAGGAGAGAACCCGAUCAAAGGCCUCUAUGAGGGGCUGGUGGAGAUCCAGAGGACAGAUUUAGCAGAGUGCAUCCGGCAGAAGGCCAAUGCAGAGACCAGCUCGACCAAAAUGUGCUCGACGAUGUGAUCAACACUGUGAGUGACUGAAGUCAACACAACAAUGAAAGGUUUCGCUUCAGAACUUUCUUCUGUUGUAAAAGAACUGAGCCAGUGAAAAAAGCUCUGUCUACAGCAUUGACCUGUUUACAUAUUCACACUUUUAUUUUGUUGUUUAGGAUGUUGUAAACCUGUAAACACUGCUCAUGCACAUUGUGCUGUAUUUGUGUAAACAAAGUGCUUCACACUAGAGCCCAGCAGCAGGGUCUAAGACAACACCAUAAUAAGAAUGAUCAUAUCAAUCAAUAUUCAUAAGUAUUACAAUGCAAUAGUAAAUGUCAGAUAAAUGUAUUUUUCAAGGUUGCAUUAUUUUUUUGUUUGUUUAUGGCAAAAUAUGAGAAAUAGAAUACAUUUAAAAUUAGAAUGGCUUUUUUUCAAUGUUAGAAUGUAUGGAAGUAUAAAAAAUUUGAAUUACACGAAAGAAAAAUUAAAACAACAAAAUUUUAAAGCAAUGUAAAUUCUGAAAACAAACAUGUAUAUCACAGUAAUGAAAAUUAAUAAUCAUAGCUACUGACAUCCAAGGAAAAUGAUCACAAUAUGAAAAUUUAUACACAUACUAUCUAAUAUUAUAUCCCCAUAACCCUCAUGGUCAUUUUAAUGCCAAACCAUACUUCAUACACAACAUUCCAACACAUUCUGAGUCAUUCGUUGAAGUAGUCACCAAAGGGAUGCAAGCUAUUAAAACCAAAUGUGAUUUUCUGAUAGUUCUUGUGUGUCAUCAUGUGGGUUCGACUGUCUCAACCCAGGAGUCAAAAAAAUACAAUAAAAUAAAUAAAUAGCUUAUAAAAAAAUAUGAUUAGUUAUAUUUUCUGUAGUUUGCAGCAGGAAAAAAAUGACAUUGCUCAUCACACACAAGCUUAAAAAAAGUAGAUUUAUCUUCUUAAUUGUAAAUCCUAAAGGAAAGAAUUUCCAAAAUGGACGUACUCAGUACCCUCUCACUCCACAGUGAAUCCAAUUUACUGAAACUCUUUGAAAUAGGCUUUUUUUUUUAAGAACGUGAGAUUAAGAUUGCACUAUUAACCAACAUAUAGCAAUAGUCAUUUGGAUGAAAGGCUUUGUGAAAGUUGCAAUGUAGUUUUUUUAUUUCUAUCCAGCCUGAGUGGUAACUGUAGGUUGUUAAAAAUACCCACUGCACUAAAUACUAUCAACAUACAGUGUUAUCUCACUGUAGAGCAUAGAGUAUCACACUUUGACAGUUUCAUCAGUGAAUAUAUUAGGACGUAUAAGGUUAAUUUGCUUGUGUUUAGCUGCUGUAUUAAUAUCUGAUAUCAUGUGUAUUCAUGAACUCACACUGUAUUUCAAAGGGCUUUUAAAGACCUUUUUUCUUUGUCAGCUUGUUGUAUUUGUUAUUGAAGUGAACGGUCAUUCUACUGUAACAUUUAGAAUUUACAUUUUUUAACCUCAUGAAUUUAGAAAGAAAUUUGUGAGAAAAUAAUGACUUUUAUCAAGUCUGGUCACAGCGUUGUAGCAGGAGUGGAGCUUCUGUCUGUUUACAUUUUACAUGUACACUGCAAAGUAUUUGUUUCUUACCAAGAUAAAAAAAAACAAACAAACUUAGAUUUAGAAGUGUUGGAUAAUUUAUCUUGUUUUAACAGUUAAUUUCUUAUUUUAAGUGUU